AUUACGACAACAGGGUUCGACUUACGGCACUGUUGCGUCAAACAUAUUGCUCAGCAGAAGAGCCUCUGCCCGAAACUUAUGGCUGCAGAUGUGUAGCCCGGGAUUAACCGACAAAACACGGACUGAUGGAAAAGACGAGACGUCAUGAAAGAGACUGACACUGUAGGAGGUGAGAAAGAUGAAAAUUGGGUUGUCAGUGAGGAAAAUGAGGAGGAGGCUCCAAUGAGGCGUAGUUUCUCGGUAGAAGAUCUCCUUGAUGAGGUGGAGAAGAUCUGUUACAAUGCCUCAGGGACGUCAAAGGUGGAGAUGGUGGUGAGGCUGUGGAAGGACGGCUUCACAGUAAACGAUGAGGAGUUUCGCAGCUACUCCAUACCGGAGAACCAAGACUUCCUGGAUGCAAUCAAGAGAGGGGAGCUUCCAGGAGAGUGGGAGAGCAGAGCAGAGGAGGAGGAGCUGGAGGUCAGCGUGGAGGAUCUGACGGAAGAAAAUUAUGUUCCCAAGAAAAAGGCCUUUCACCCUUUCAGUGGCCGAGGAUACCGACUUGGCAGUGUUGCACCCAGAGUAGUGGCCAGGUCACCGUCUGUGCACGAGGAUGGAGAAUCUCCUCCUAUUCCCAUGGUAACACUAGACCACGCCCUUCCUGUUACCUCCCUGCAGAUCUGGUUGGCUGAUGGCAGAAGAUUGGUACAGAGGUUUAACCUAUCGCAUCGGAUCACUGAUGUUCAAGAUUUUGUAGCGCGCUGCCAGAGGAGCUGCCCACCUUUUGUCCUAACAACAUCACUUCCUUUCCGAGAGCUCAGCAACAAAGAGUUAAGUCUGGAGGAGGCAGACUUGGCCAACGCUGUCAUUGUCCAGAGGCCCUUGAACACGCAGGCUCCGUUUGGACACUCCUGACCAACAGGGCCCUGUUAUUUACACUGUACACACCACUUUCUCCCUCACUGACAUAUCACCAUGCCCCUUACAGCAAUCUCAAAGCCCCCUGUAACUUAUAAUCUUUAUCUAUUCAGCAGUUUGUGCUGCAUUUAAUGAUUGUUAUUUUCCUCUACAGUCUCUGUGUGGGAUUAUCUAAUGGAGAUAUUGUCAGUUAGUUACAAAGGUGCUUCUGCUGAGGUGCUGUUGUCAUUGCUUACUCUGUCUUCUUCCUCUGGAGGACAGUGUUUACCUGUCAGCACAUCUCCCCAAACCCCCAAACUGCAGAAACGCUGUCAAGGCAAACCAGUUCUGUCGCCCUGUGCAGAUGGUCAACCACGUGUGUCCAUCUGUUGGUCUACUAUACGUAACCCACCCUCCCUCUUCCCUCCUUCCCUCACAAUCACACACAGUACCACCACCAGCACCACCAACCAACUCUCUAAAGUCUUCCCAAACUGUGAUCAAAGUUUUUCUGCACUAUUUACAGUAAAAAAAAAAAAAAAACUGCUAAUAUUUCAGUUUGUAUCUAUAGGUUUACAUUUAAUGAACAUACAUUUUCUUUGCACAUUAUUAUGAGAAAAAAUGAAAAGUUGACAGCUUGUUAUUUAUAUUGGCCUGACUGUUUUUUUUGUGAAUGUUUGACUUUAUUUUUGUGGCGAGAUUUAAUUCAGAAUGUACAAUGCAUUGUUUUAUUCGACUGCAUCAUGUAAAGAAAUGUCACAUCAAGGUUCAAUAAAAAUCUUCCUCAAACUCCUGCA